GAAUUAAUUUUAAGAAAGUUAAAUUCAUAUAAAUUAUAUGAUGAAUUAAAUAAACAUGAAGUUCAUAGCAAAUAUUUUCAUUAUUGUAACUAUUCGAAACGUGAAUUCUCUAAAUACGAUGGGAUUUACCAACUCUGUGGGAGGUUUGCAAGAAAUUUAAAAGAAAUAUCGACAAUAUUAAAUGACACAAAAGAUAACAUAGAGCGCUGUAGAUAUUUAAAUUUUUGGACAAAUGAUCAAAUAAGAAAAAUGUUGUAUUCGCAACAUAACGUCCAACCUGACGCAAUGAAUUCUAUUGUUAGAAGAUUUUCUUCUGUAUCAAAUUUUGUUAAUAAAGAAUCAUCGCAAAAUCAAUGCAAUUAUUAUUAUAAAAGAAAUAUUAGCCUGGAUUUAUGGAAAAAAUGGAAAGACUUAUAUGAUUAUAUUAAAAAUAAAAACAAUAUUCAAAAUUUAAUGAAUUCUGAUAAUGAAUUAUGGGAGGUAUGCCCAAAGUACUACAGUUAUAUUGAAGGAAUAUAUAAUAAUUAUAAAGAAGAGUGUUGUCAAGAACGGAGUGGUAAUUGUCCUUAUUCUCUUGAUUUUCAAGAAUGGUGUAAUGAGAAUGAUUUUUUAACUAAAUUAGAAUGCGUUCAACCUACCGAAAUUGAUAAAUUUCCAGCAGGCGAUGCAAAUGUUAUUAGAGCUAAACGAGGAGCAGAAAUUGAAGAAGAAAAAGAAGAAGAAGGAAAAAAUGAUGCAGUAAUAUCCAACUCUACAGGAACUCUUAUAGGUACUUUUUUAGGAUUUGUUAUACUUCUAAUAACGAUAUAUAGGUUUACUCCUUUGGGUUCAUGGAUAAAUACUAAAAUAUUCAGAAAAAAUAAAUUAAUGGAAAAUAUGAAAAGAAACGAACGAGAAUUACUGUUAAAUAGUUCUGGAAAAGGUGAAAUUAAUUUUGAUAAUAAGAGCUACCACAUAAUGUAUAAUUCUGACCAUAAUGAAUAA